AUUCUACACCAGGCGCGCCACUACAUCCGACACUAUUCCAACGCCAACGCCGCUCACGAGCAUCGCAUCGCAUAGAUCUCAAGCACGAUACUACGAUCCCGCUAUCCUGACCGCACCGGAACGAUUCGCGACCGAGAUAUCCUCGCCGGCGCAUUCUGCAAGGCCGACCGCCAUCCUCAACGGCGCAGCUUCACUUCCUCCAAGUGCAGCAGGACUCGGCAAGCCGGCGUACGUACAGUCCGGGGCCCCGACCGCAACAGUCAGCACAUCGCACGCCUAUAGGGAGCAGCCGGGAGUGGGCCUUGGAGCCAUUGGAAUUAUCUUCGUUUCCAGCUUGCGAGCUUUCUCUUCCUUUACCAUACACUGAAAACCACUCCUACGCUGCCACGUGAGAGUGCGUUUGCCCUCACCGCCCGCGCCUCGCGCCCCUCCGCCCACCGCCGCUGGCUGCUCGACAGCGCCCGUUCACCAGCUGCGCGAAGAUGGACGCUCCUUCCACCCCGCCACAGCGGUUCACCCGCCCACGCACCCCACCAACGCCACUGCACGGCGACGCCUACAACGGCCUGCACCCAUACAAGCCUGCAUCCCCGCCUGCAUCACCUGCACCACCUGCUCGCCCGCAGAUGCACGGCGGAAGCAAGUCGGCACGAUCCGGCGACAACGAUGCCACUGCUUCCGACAUGUUGCCAACUCCAUCUAAGACUCCGUCUUUGACUCCAGCACAGAAGCGUGCGCGUGCCUCAAGUAUCCAGUAUUCGCCACGUGCCUUGCACUUUCAACCAGAGAAUCCAAACGACAGUAUGCCGACUCCGCGCAUCGCUCGCAAGAACAAGUUCAUCCGCCUGGACGACGACGACGGUCUCGACAUUGGCCGUCCGAACAAGAGCGCCAAGUCCGACAUUCAAAUCUACACCGAAGUCCAGGCCAGAGUUCCAGAGGAUGACUCGUCAGACGACAACGUCUUUCGCGAUGUCCCACGUGGUCGCACUACUACCGUCUCAGAGCCAGUCUACCAAAACCGUGGUGGUGGCGACUGGGAUUCUCCGAGUCCACCGCGCCAGCGCCCACGCAAGACCGUUGAUGAGUUGGUCGAGGAAGCGCGCAUGCAGGCAGCUGUCAACCGCGGAGAGGGCAUGUUUUUCAUGUACCGUGGUAAGAAAUGCUUCCGCAAAUUCGCAGAUGUUGAGGGCGUCGAGGAUGCCGGUGCCUCCUCUCGCGAACAGCAGCAGCUCAAGCGUGCAAUUGGCCACUCUGCUCAUCGUGGCUUGACUCGCAGCAACAUCGAACCUCGUCUGCUGUGGCCACAGGCAAGCCAGACAAGCUACACCGACGAGGAGGCAGAAACAGACGUCGACAUGCCAGACCAGCGCACCACGAUGACCGAGUCACAAGAGCAUGACUCUGGUGUGUCUUUCGCCGGCCCAGCCGUGCAUGCCACUCCGGUCAAGCAGAGCAAGUCGAAGCGCAAGCCAAUGAUCAGCCCCCCGACUACCGCUCGCACCACAAGACAGUCACGCUUUGAUGAUGUGCCAAGCUUCGAGGAAACGCUCGAGGCCGAUGAUGAAGCACCAGCUGAGCCCAUCUUGCCUACUCCGCAGCGCAGCUCACGCAAGAAGAAGGUCACCAUCAAUGACUUUCCGGUCUUUGAAGACCAUACUUCGGACACCGCCGUGCCAUCAACACCAGGCCGCGCCCGCAACACGCGCAACGAGCCUCAGCUCACUCCGAUCGUCGAAGGCAGUGAGGAGCCAGUUUCUGCUGGUAACACUUCACCCACUGCCGCUAGCAGCGACCGCCGCAGCAAGCGUAGCCCAUUCGACAGCUGGCAGCGCACCAAGGCUGGCACGAAGCGUGGGGCUGUCGCUGACGCUGCCGGCGACGGAAAAGUCAAGUGCCCUCGCAGCAGCACGCGUACGAACCCGUCUCGAGCCUAGGUAGCCGACCAGCUUCGUCGCAUGCAAUUCUGACGGCCUCAAUGAUCGACUACAACCUGUUCGAUACAUUAAUACCUUGCAUCACAACACGGUUACAGAUGGCGCAAAAUUCUUUCACACGACAAAGGGAUACCCACGGAUGGCGCUUUUGCAUUUUUGCACGACUUUUCACUUCUGAAUUUCUCACACCGCACUUGGCUGUUCUCUCUCGACUGGCUUUGAUCGUGUACGAGACUACUAGAAUGGAUGGGCUCUAGCGAUGGCGCUUCACAGGUGUUUCAGGAUGGAGAAAUGGAUCAGAAAGAGUGAUUGAGAUUCAGGCGCUUUGCGCGUUUGGCAGCUCAGCCUUUGGGCAUUGCCUUCACUGAAUUGGCGGGAUUUCUGAGGCAUGGACAGGAACUGCAUCACUGGCAUUGUUUUUCAUCGCGAUUGUUUUCUCUCUGCCGCCGACGCCUACGGGCUGGCUGGGUGGCUGGCGGUCAGGUCAGGUCUGGGUGUUAGAUACUUGGGCCGGGCGAGAACCUGUACUGCUGGAAGUACUGCUACUGCAAACUACGCACAGCGUCGACAACAACGAUGUAGAACGAAUGAAAUGCAACACUAUGCGACCCUG